AUGGGAAUGAGCAAUUUGAAAACACAGCUGGAUAAUGAUAAUUAUCUGAACUCAGACAUCGAUAUCCAGGUCGACUGGCUUUAUAAAGGUAAGCACAAGGCAAUCAAAUCCAAUGUCAUUUCUCCGCAGACAACCCUCAUUAAACAACAGAAUCAAACAACAGAAGCAGGGAACGUCAGGAAACAACGGUCUAUGUCGAUAUCAAACGCUGUCUUAUCGUCAGAGAAUAAAGAACUGCUGCCAAUGAAAAGCUCCUUGAAGGCAACGUCUCCAGAAACAAAUGUAGAUGUAAAUAUAAUUACCAACCGUGAGAAAAAAUCAAUCGUCAAAAGAUCGAAUUCUAUUAAUACGGCUCAUAUGGGGAAGUCAAAUACAAAGUCGACAUCCACUCCUACAUCAAAGGCUGCACCGUUAGCGAAACCGAAAAAAUCGUUGUUUGGCUCUAUUUUUGGUAGAAGAAACUCGGUGAGUGCAGGAACUGCAGCUACGCCAAAUUCAUUCAAUUUAGCGAAAAACGAUACGAUAACUCCACCUUCUUCAGCACCUGCAUCAACUAAUAAAAAAAUAAGCAUACAAACCUCAUCUAAUAACUCGGCAAUAAAUAACAUAUCAGAAUCGGAGGAUAAUGGCCAAAGUGCCGUGGCUUCCCCAAGAUUGGAGAGCUCUUCGACCCCAGUAAGCAUGUCAGCACGUAGAUUGACUGCAAGCAGUACAUUGAGUAGUGAAAGCACGGAAAGUUCAAGUAAUACAACUCCAAGACUGCGCCAAACCUUGAUUGGACAAGUUAUGGAUAAUGAUCCUAUAUUGAAUAAAGUGGACUCCAUCGGGUUGAAGAGGGUGGUUUUUGCAGUAGACUCAUUCCAAAACGAUCCACCCCAACAAUUACCUUCAAGAACGCCAAGGGUCGGUAACGUCUUGGUGCCACAUCAUAUGGUCGGGGAUACUCCUUCCAUUUCAGUGGGUAUCACAAAUGCCGCAGCUAAACCAGAUGCAAAUAAUGAACUUUCUUAUGAUAAGCAUUCGAAGGAAUAUAAAAUGGCAUUAGAUAAUUUUAGACUGUUACAAAAGGAAUCAGAAAAGCACCAACAAGAAGCUCAUUUUGCUGCUCAGAGAAUUGCAAAUGAGGUGGCCAAAUAUAAAGAAAAGAGUGGCCAAACUGCAUCGGUACCCGUUCUAGUGCCAUCAGGAUCGAAUGAACAAGCCAAAGAGGGAAUGGAGAUCGAAGAAUCAUUUCAUCAAGAAAAGAUCCAUUCAAUUGACAAGCCAAUUCACUCGCACGGGCAUUUCUUUGAAAGUGAAAGUGCUGUUGACGAUGGUGAUGAAGAUGAUGACUCUAAUAAAGAAUUGACUUUAGAUGUGGUUUAUACAAGAUGUUGUCAUUUGAGAGAAAUUUUACCAAUUCCAUCAACCUUGAAACAAGUAAAAGGCAAAACUGCUCCUUUACAAGUUUUAAAAUUUUUAAAUCCAAAACCAACUCUGAUCGAUAUCUUAUCAUUUUGUGAUUUUAUUGCCAUUAUCCCAAUUAGUACAGUUAUAUUUGAUAAUGUUAACUUAACCCCAGCUAUGUUUAAAAUCUUAAUUACAUCAUUAUCAAAUUCAUCUAGUUUAGAAAAAUUAGGUCUAAGAAACGUGGUGUUUGAUAAAGAAAAUUGGCACUUACUCUGUAAAUUUAUAUUGACAAAUAAAUCACUAAGAAAAAUCGAUUUAUCACAAACUAAAGUGAGAUCUGAUUUAGCCGAAGACUUGCAUCGUCAUAAUAUGGAUUGGGACUUAUUUGCUCGCGUGUUGAUAAAAAGAAUAGAUUACAAGAGCUUACUCACAACCAAUGACCAAAUGCCUGCUUUAGAAGAAUUAUUAUUAAAUGGUGUCAAAGUUAACAACAUUCCAAAAGAAACUUUCGAGACUCUGUUGAACUCCUUUGCAGAAGCAGCUAUUCAAGAAACAAAACUGCAGUAUUUUAGAGAGAAUGAAUCAGUCAUUGAUGAUGACUUGGAUGAUACGAGUACUCAAGAAACUCACCUAAGAUUAGGUUUAGCAGCUUCCGAUAUAGAUUCUUCUCAUUUAAAGAGUGUAAUGAAAUGGACUUCGAAGUAUGCUGUUCAAGGCAUAGAUUUAUCAUUCAAUGACUUAUCUCAAUUAGUUAAACCAAUAGUUUCCAAACUUUCAUCAUUGAAUUACGAUAAGCUUGAAUACUUCACGUUGAAUAAUACUAACUUAGCGACAGGUCAUGAUGCCGCAUUAAUUUUGAAAUACUUAGCUAAAUUACCUAAUCUAAAAUUCUUAGAUUUAAGUAACUUGCCACAAAUUUUCCCAGGAGUUUUACCAUUUAUGCAUAAAUAUUUACCAAGGUUCCCUGAACUUCAUAGAAUUCAUUUUGAUUAUAAUAGUAUGCAUUUUAAAGAUAUUGCAUUGGUAUGUUCAAUAUUAUUGAAAUGUUCAAAAAUUACACAUGUUUCGAUCAUGACACCAUUAUCGGACAGAAAUACGGAUAUUUCCCAAGCUAGCAAUAAUAGUAGUCAUAAAUCAGAAUUGUCGAAUCAAAGUUCAACUUCUGAAGGUACAAAAUCGAAUUUUGAGGCAUUAUAUGGUUCAUUAUAUGCAUUAGUAAAGGAGUCUCCAAAGUUAAUUAGUUUUGAUAUUAACUAUGACGAUAUACCACAAGAUAUCAGUUCGAGAAUUGCACUAUGUCUGGUUAGAAAUAUGAAUAGAAUGACUGAUUCGAACUUUGAAUUAGAUGAGUUGACUUCCCAAGAUGAUUUAUUGUUUGAUGGUACCAUAAUGACUGAAACUGCUGAAAAAUUAAUGCAAAACUUGGAUAAAGAAACAAAUUCUGGUGAUUCUACAAGAAGAUACUUGUUUAAGAAAUAUAUGGAGAAAUUACAAAAUGUACACAAGCAUGUAUCCGAGACGAUUGAUCAAUUAUUCGAAAAACAACAUUCAGGAGAUAUCUCAUUUCAAGAGAAGGAAAAUUUAUUAAGAUUACUAUUAGUUGAACAAAAUUUGACCCAUAUUUUGGAAACAUUCUCGGCUGUUCCUCAACUAGCAUCAAUCACGGGACCAUAUUUUCCACCUUUGAAGCAUCAUCAUUCUGCAGAACAAGCAGAAACGAUAGAGAACUCAUUGACUACAAGCACCCCUGCAGCUCCUGUCAGACCACAUUUAAUGGCUACAGAUUCUGGCAGAGUAAUAGAUGUUUUUACUGGAAAACCAUUACUCGUGAGACAAAGAUCAGGUGCUAUUGAAAAUCGUAGAAAGCAAGAAGAGGAAGAAGGUGAACUACAUAAAUGGGGUUUCUUUGUUCAACAACAGCAAUCACUUUAUCCUGACAGUGAAUUUCCAGAUGAUUCUAAAACUUCCUUGCCCGGAAGUGCAAAAUCACCAUCACCAAGUCUCCCUGCUCCAUCAUUGAAUCCUAAAAGCACAAGAGAUGAGAUAACGAAAAAGGAAGAACAAUCUGGGUCAUUCACAGAAGCUCGAACUGAGACGUGCACGACCAAUCCAUAUCAUUUCUCAACUGAUAGAGUAUUUGCCAAGAUUCCAUCAGGUGAGGAAGUCAGAGGAGCAGUUAUCAAGGCUAGAGGUAUUGAUUCCAUAAAAGAUUUAAUUGACAGCGUGACACAAAAGACGGUUGAUUUAGGUAGUAUUUACGGUACAACUUUCAGUUCCACAGGUAUGGAAUCGGAGUGUCAAGAGUCACAAGAUAUGGUUGCAGCAGCAAAUACAAACACUACCUCGGCAAACACUCCAAUAAGCGGUAAUGUUACACCACAAAGCCCGGUUUCAAAUCAAAUGGCAUCUCCAGUAACAAGUCCAAUAAGACCAAACGAGGAAACCUCACCUCCAAAUAUCAAUUGUAAGGAAGUAAAGAAGAAAUACGAUGAAGUAUUGAAUAAUUUAUCUACCGUACGCUUAAACAAAAAUUAA